AUGUCGGGUCUCAAAUUCCUUGAUUGUGGCGACAUUCCUGUCACAGCCUACGACAACGCCCUUGCUUUAUCACAAAUGACAAUGGCAUUCUUAGAAUUAGGGUCCCGUCCACCCUUGAAAAAGAGUGCGGCUUUCCCCAAAGUAAAGCUUUUGGCACUCGGAGGGGAUCAUAGCGUUGCUUUACCAGCGCUAAGAUCGCUGAAUACCAUUUAUGGCAGCCCGGUGACAGUACUUCACUUCGACGCACAUCUCGAUACGUGGGACCCCAUAUUUCCUUCCCCAUGGGAGACCGAACAAACGCAUUUUAACCAUGGAAGCGUGUUCUGGCUAGCUGUGAAAGAAGGAUUGAUCCACAAUGGCUCAUCGGGAUUCAUGAGAAUUACUGCAGACGACAUUGAUGAAAUUGGCACGCAGGGAAUCAUCGAGGCAAUCAUCAAGCGUAUUGGCACGACAUUGCCUGUGUACCUGAGCUUCGACAUCGACGUCCUUGAUCCAAGUGUGUGUCCGGGCACCGGAACUCCUGAGUCAGGUGGAUGGACGUCUAGGGAGGUCAUCAAGAUUCUACGUGGCUUGGAGAGUCUCAAUGUCGUUGGAGCGGACAUUUUGGAGGUUGCCCCUGCAUAUGAUAGCGCUGGGGAGCAAACGGCGCUGGUAGCUGCGCAGGUUGCCUUUGAGAUCCUCGCCAGCUGGGCAGGCAGAUAUAUGGCCAACCAGGAGCAAACCAGUGGCAGCGAACCUGAGAAAAAUGAGUUGUAG